AUGGAAUCGGGCACUGAAGACCUACACCCGCACAGCCCCUCCAUGGAACACCCCACUGCCCAGCCUCCCGUCCAGCAGGACUCCAUGGAAGAAAGAGACUCAGAUGUGGAGGACAAACUAUCCGAAGAAAAAGGGUCAGAGCCCGAGACAGAUGAGGAGAAUUCAAAGGAAAACGAGACACAGGACAGAAACAGCUGCACUACUCUGUCAGAUUCAGAACGCAGCUCCAGUCCGGAGAGCUCCAGGAAGAGGAAGCUCAAUUCCAGGGACGGCACCUGCGAGAGAACAGGGGCCUCUCCAGAUGAGCGCAGUGCGACUUUGGAAAAGAAGAAACAGAAGGUCCUUGACUCUGGCCACAGCAGGAAGAGUGAAGAAAUCCGGGAUGCCCGCCCCAGGAGGUCCCAGAGGAGGCGCCCUGGGCGCAGCAAGAGGCCCAGAUCCAGGUCCCCAGGAGACCAGCCGCCUCCACUUCGGAAAAGCCUCUUGACCGCCCUGCGCUCUAUGUCUGAGGCCAUUUAUCAGAACAUAGUUAAUGUGUACAAUCAGAAGGGCUAUUCCCCGCUGCUCUGGGAGCAGCUGGCCCAGCUGCGGGGGCCUCUGUGCACCGCGGUGCUGACCACGUACGCCAUGGCCAACCAGGCGGCCUAUGUCUUCCCUGCUGAGGGCUGGCUCGUCCCAACCCCACUGUCGGCUCCCUCGAGUCCAGCCGGGGAUGGAGGAGAAGGUCCGUGCUCCAAGGACAGUCUACCUCUUCCCUAG